CUCCAAUAGCGGUAACAAUCCCAACAUUCUUCAUCAACAAGAUGAGCGCAACCUACGUAAGCCGUUUAUACAUCGAUCUACCUCCGAAGAUUCGCUAUAACCCUAAAAUGCGAAGGACUUUUAAUCCAAAAACUAUAGAUCCACCCGGGGGAAAUCCUAUCAUAAUUAUAGAAACGUAUAAUUGGCUAGGUAUAACGCGAGAACAAAGCGUAAGGCUUAAUGAAUUGAAAGAGUAUAAAGGCUCCAAUAAAUGGGUUACAUGGUUUAGAGCUAGUAAUGGCGGAGGAGGGCCGACAAGAUUUUAUGUGGAGAAAGAGACGAUGAGACGAGAUCCGUUUACUAAAGGUCUAGUGGAAUUUAUUGAGAAGAAGA